AAGACGCUGGGGCAGGGCAGCUCGGAGGAGGAGGUGGAGCCCUACACCGUGACGCUGCCGCCGGCGCAGCUGUCCUCGAGCGACGAAGAGACCAGGGAGGAGCUGGCCAAGAUCGGGCUGGUGCCUCCGCCCGACGAGUUCGCCAACGGGGUCCUGGUCACCACCCCCGGCACCCCCGUCAGCCACCUGGCGACGCCCAGCACGCCAUCCGCACCAGCGGCAGCAGGAGCUCCUCCGACCGCGGGCGGAACACCCUCAGGGAAGCCCCCCGAUGCCCCCGCGGCCCCGGAGUCGGCGGCCGACUCGGGCGUGGAAGAGGUGGACACCAGGAGCUCGAGCGACCACCACCUGGAGACCACGAGCACCAUCUCCACGGUCUCCAGCAUGUCGACGCUGUCCUCGGAGAGCGGGGAGCCCACUGACACAUACACUUCCUUUGCGGACGGACAAACUUUUAUACUCGAGAAGCCACCAGUGCCUCCAAAGCCAAAACUCAAGUCCCAGCUCAGCAAGGGGCCAGUUACUUUCAGGGACCCACUUUUGAAGCAGUCUUCGGACAGCGAGCUCAUCUCCCAGCAACAUGCGGCCACGCUGGCGUCCGCCAGCAUUGGCCGGCCACGCUACCUCUUUCAGAGAAGGUCCAA